AUGAGUAGUGAAAAAAACACUCCACGCAAUACAACAAACAGUAUCCUUCGUACAAAAAGUGAGUUGGAAGGACUUCAUGAAUACCAAUACGGAGACCACCCAAGUCGGAUCUUAUACAUCUGCAAUGUGCCUCAGACCUCCGUCGACUCGUUGAAGUCCUUUGUGACGUCUCCGGACCUCAAGAAGUUUUACGACAAAGAGCUUCGUCUUGGCUUUGUUUUAAUAUCUUUCUAUGAUCUCCGAGUCUCGAAAAAAAUGUUUAAAGCGGUCCAGAUGCAUUUCCCGACAUUCAAAGUAUCAUAUGCUAUUGCACGAGAUGUGUUAAGUGACACGGAACAGAACCAAGGGACUCUUGUAGUCUUUAAUUUAGACGCUUCUUGUACCAAUGAGACUAUCAAACAACUCUUUUUGCAAUACGGAGAUGUCAAAGAGAUCAGAGAAACACCAAACAAAAGGCACCACAAGUUCGUCGAGUUUUUCGACUUGCGCGACGCCGCAAAAGCAGAGGCGGCACUGAACCAUGCAGAGUUUUGUGGGAAACGAUUGAAGCUCGAACCAAGCAGACCGGGUGGAAUACGACAAAGACUGUUAUCAUCUGCUGUGAGAGCCAUUGGACUCCAAGACGACUUAAUUGCACUUCCUCCACCAGAAGAGAUGAUUAUUCUCAUUGAUAAGUACUUAAAGAAUAAAGGGGAGGUGUGUUGUAAAGGGGAUGAAGUUAUCGUAUCAUUACCAAAGCCGACUAUUGUUGGACAAGAGUUGUCACAUACGUUCUUACGCGAAACAGUGGGAACACCACACAUCAAAUUGGAAGAGAAAAAGGUGAUCAAUUGCGGCAUUGGGUUCAACGAAGAGAAUGACGUAGACGAGAAUAAAACAGUCAUCAUCAUCGAGAACAUCCCUCUCACUUUAACCAAAGAAGAAUUGGUCGAGGUCAUUGAAAAGAACGCAACGUGCUUCUACGACCAGUUGUUUUGUUUACACCAAGAUAAGGAACACUAUAAGGCUGUGGUCAGAUUAACUAAUAAAAUGGUAGUCGAGUCGAUGAUGAACGCCUUCAAUAAUGUCUUUCUAGAAAAGGAUCAGGACAAGUGCUGUGUAGUGCGUACUUCAACAAUGCAAGGAAAAGUGUUCACAUCCACUCUCACUAGCUUAUUAGUGUGA